AUGUCCUACAAAACGAUUACAAAUGAUGAGUGUAAAAAGGUGAUGACUCAAUUGACCGACACGGAGAUCUGUGCAUUGGAGCGGUUCGGCAAAGGAGCGUGUAAUGGUGACUCUGGUGGUCCGCUGGUGAUGGAGAAUGGUGAUAGCUUGAAGCAGGUUGGCGUGGUUUCCUAUGGUACGGCGCUUUGUGCAUCUAAUAAUCCAGAUGUUUACACUCGUGUGUCUAUAUUUGAUGAGUGGAUUAAAGAGCGCCUGGCUUGAAAGAAAGUUCUAGUUUGUAACCUUUUGAAAUGGAAUUGAAUUAAACUUUUUGGAUCAACUAUUUUAAAAUUAUUAUAUUUUUUGUCUCUGCAACAGAACUGUUUAUAAAACUAUAUAAUUAAUGAUCUAUGGAUUUAUGUUAUUACUUCUAUUCAUAUAUCGACGGUGGGUUGAAAGAUUGCCCUAUCUCGGCUGCCGGUUCAAAAACGCGCUAUCUCAGCAAAUGGCUCAAGCACGCCCUAUUUGAGAAUUUGGUUGAAGAACGCUCUAUCU